AUUCUUGAAGACUUGGAUGAGCAGAUAUAUAUUAUUACUCUAGAAGAAGAAGCUAUAAUGAGAAGACUAAAUGGAGGAUUUUCUGCAGUGGAGUAUAAUACAAAACAACUUGAGCAGGAAUUGAAUAAUGUGAAGAGCAUGAAAACAAAAUUAGAGCGGCGGAAAAAGGCCUCUGCCUGGGAAAGGAACCUUGUGUAUCCAGCUGUAAUGAUCCUACUGCUAAUUGAAACGGCAAUCUCAGUGCUUUUAGUUGCUUGCAAUAUUCUGUGUCUCUUGGUUGAUGAAACCGCAAUGCCGAAGGGGUCACGGGGGCCUGGCAUAGGAAGUGCCUCUCUGUCCACAUUUGGUUUCGUGGGAGCAGCACUUGAGAUCAUUUUGAUUUUCUAUCUUAUGGUUUCCUCUGUUGUUGGCUUUUAUAGCCUACGUAUUUUUGGAGAUUUUACCCCCAGGAAGGAUGACACAACUAUGACAAAGAUAAUUGGGAAUUGUGUAUCUAUCUUAGUCCUCAGUUCAGCGUUGCCAGUUAUGUCAAGAACACUGGGCAUCACCAGGUUUGAUCUCCUUGGAGACUUUGGAAGGUUUAACUGGUUAGGAAACUUCUACAUAGUAUUGUCCUACAAUCUUCUUUUUGCUAUCAUGACAACCCUGUGCCUGGUGAGAAAGUUCACCUCUACUGUUAGAGAAGAACUCCUCAAAGCAUUAGGUUUAGAUAAACUGCAUCUCUCGCACAACGCAAGAGACUCCGAGUCAACAAAGUCAUCUGUAAAUGGGCAUCAGAAAACACUGUGAAUCACAGUCGGUGGAAAUGAGUCAGCUUCCUGACAUUCCUCUCACUUCACUGUACUUGUUUUCUACUGCUCUUACUUGUUUAUACCUUGGAUCCAGGUCGAUGCAGAAGAAAUCUGGUUGCAUUGGACCAUACUCUUCUUGCUUGCAUCGAUCUACUUUAAUUUUUCUGUCAACUGGAGAUGUCUCUUGAACAUUCCUCUUUGAACAGACCUUCAUACAGAUUUCUGAAUCCAAGGACAAGAAUCUUCUGCAUGUAAAUAUAUGGUUGAAGAUGAAUUUCGGAGAUGAGCUUGCUAUCUGAAAAUGGCAAACCUCUCCUCAAGAUGUUGAUUCUUCCAGUAAGAUGCAUU